GGCGCCGAGCGCUGCCGGCCCGCGGGGCUGAGGGGCGCCGGCAGCUCCUCGGCGAGGGGAGCUCCUCGCGGGCAGAGAUGUUGGCGCGCUUGUGGGGGUUGCUGUACAGCAGCUACUUCCGGUUCUGGCUGAAGUGGCUCUGGCGGCUGCUGACGGGGAAGUGCGAGCUGCAGCGCGUCUUUGAGGGCGCGAAGGAGGGCGCGCGGAGGACGCUGGGCAUAGAGCAUUCACUGGGAUCAUCAAAAAAUAAGGUUCUAAGAAAUGCUCUAAACGCUGAUGAAACUGAAAUAGAGAAGUGUGUCAGAGAUGUAAUGACAGAAAAGAAAAUUGAACAGAAGGAUGUCAGGUUUAAGACAAAUCUGCAUAUGUCCUUACUGCAAAUAACAGGUUAUAAAAAACUUUACUUGGAUGUGGAAAACCUGAGGAAGGUCACCUAUGAUUCAGAUAAUGAAGAACACGAGGAACAGUUAAUUGAGCUCUGGAAUUUGCUGAUGCCUCAUGAAAACCUGAAGGCCAGAAUCACGAAGCAGUGGUGUGACAUUGGCUUCCAAGGCGAUGACCCCAAAACAGACUUCAGAGGAAUGGGCUUGCUGGGAUUAGUGAACCUGGUGUAUUUUAGUAAGCAUUACACCAGUGAAGCUCGACAGAUCCUUUCUCAUUCAAAUCACCCAAAACUGGGAUAUUCUUAUGCAAUAGUUGGAAUUAAUCUGACUGAAAUGGCAUACAGCUUACUGAAGAAUGGUGCUUUGAAGGCUCAUCUCUACAACGCGGUCCCUGGAUUGCCACAGAUGGAACACUUCCAUCAGUUUUACUGUUAUCUGGUUUAUGAGUUUGAUAAGUUUUGGUUUGAAGAAGAACCAGAAAGUAUUAUGCACUUCAACCAGUACAGAGAAAAAUUCCAUGACAAGAUUAAGGGUCUUCUACUGGAUUAUGAUGUGAUAUUAACCUUGCAGAACAAAAAGAAACCAUAACUCCUCUGCAACACAUCAGGUUCUACAUCAACAAGGGAAUUAUGCAUUUGGUUGCAAGUUUUGCAGGUUUCACUAUGAACUGUGUAACAAUAGAACUCUUUUGCAUUCAAAAGAAAAAAAGCAAGCUAAAUUAGGUUAACAAAGCUCGGACAAUCAACCUCUGUUUACAGCUCUUAUAUGCUAUUCUCCAAAGGACAUUUUUGUAUGUGUGUUUAUCUCGUUGUUCUGUUUGGUUUUGUUUUUAACCUGGCUGUCUGAUGAUCCUCCGGAUCAUUUGCUCUCAAUUUCUUUUAUACUUCUUGGUGCAAGAACUUGAAGCAGAUAUUUCUUCUGCACGGUGUUUCUCAUUAAUACGUUUAUUUGAUUAUUGUACCUUAAAGCUUUUUUUAGAUGAAGUUUCUGGUUUUGGGCUCUUAGUGUUCUCAUUCUGUACGUGUAGUCCAUCAUCUACUUGUCAGCAUUCUGUUUCUGCAAUGAAAGGAAUGCAUUAAGUCAUGUAGAGUCUCGGAGAAGGGGCUUAAUUCAGCAACAUACCUAUGUACAUACUACAAAUUCCUUCUGGCUAAGGAAGUUUUUUUGCUUGUGGAUUUGUACCAGCAAAUUUCUGUGCUUGCAAAAAGCUUCAUUUGCAAACAGAAAAAGAAUCAUAAAUCAACAGUGCGAGGGUCAGGCCCUCUUUCUGAAAGCAUUCCUGCUCUAAAACUUUUCCAUUCUUUCUGAUCUAAGAUGUUUGACUUUGUUGCCAACCCUUUUUUUUUUUAGCAGAUAACAGGGAAUUCUGAUUGGGAAUACAAGGGAGUUAGAAAGUUCAGUCAUUUAUGUAAAAUAAUAAAAAACAACCAACCACCACAAUUGCAUCUUCCCUAUCCUAUGAAAAUUAACUCCAACUUCUAAUGAAAAUGCAUUUUCCAUGUAAGGAUGCAGCUGUGACACAUUCCUUAACCUUGGCAUCCCCAGACAAUCUAAUCAAUAACAGUUCAUGUGUGCAUUUUGACUAACUGUUGCUUAAAGCAGCUUUAAACAGAUUUGGUAAAACCAUCGCUUCUUUUCCUAAAACCUACUACUAAUCAAGUGCCUUCUGCUUUAUUCACUCAGUGUUUUAUUUUUAUUCUGUAACCAGACCGUAGCCUUAGAAGCUUGAGUUAUUUGGGAAAAGCCCUGUCAGCCCGUCCCUAAUUAGCACAUUGGCACCAAAGUUUGAUGCUAACACAAGCUUUCCUGGUGAUUUUUUCAAUUUUUAAAUCAUCUCAGGUAAAUUAAUUAACAACUACGACUCAUAACGAUGAGGCUCCUGAAGAACGCAGAUUUGGAGCAGGAGAGGAAAGAGACAAACCCCUUUAUGUAACGAGUCAUGCUACACUACAGAGACACUACAUUGAUUAUUAUAUUCUGUAAUAUUACAGCUCCUUGGAGAGAUUAAAAACCCUUGUGGACGAGGUCCUGAGCAGCCUGCUCUGGGUGACCCUGCUUAAAGCAGGGGGCAGAUGGACCGUGGGGUCUCCACAGGCGCCUCCCCACAUCAAUAGUGAUGCGUAGAAACAGGGACUUUGUGCACUGCCUCCACGCAGCUGCUCUUGGUCCCUUCAACAUUUCUGAUCUUUGUAUGAGUGGGAAAGCUCCUGCUCGUGGCAUACAAUACGUAUCUAUAUGCAGGAGGUGUUCUGCCAUCUUUUUAUGGUACUUCAGUUAUUGAUAAUGGUUGAACAGUUCUUGAGUUUACCGUGCGCAGGGCAGAGAGAGGUUCAGCUCACCUGUGUUGGACUGACACUAUUCUAUUAAAAAAUAAAACUAAGUACUGUUGGUAGUUACAGGUACGUAUGGUUAUACCUCUGCUUGUCAGCACAACAGCAGUUCUUUUGCUGCUCCCAGGUACUUGGAGUCUUGUAACUGUCACCACUGUAAAAGCUGAGAUCCUGUGGUGCCAUUUCUCUCUGCUCCCUGUGCAAAUUGGACUUUCCCAAAGUCUGACAGAGGCAAGGAGCAGAAAGCGCACACUUUCAGCUAGGAAGUGAGCUGCCUGCUAUGUUCUAGUCCCACCUUCUUUCAUGUUAUUCUUAAUGAUUUUUGCUAUUGCUUGUAAAUCUCAUUUGCAAGUGAAUGGGGCACAUCUUUUGCAGUUCACAAGUGACCACAAGAUUCCUGCUGCUGCUGCCAGACACAGAUAUCCAUUUUUUAAUUUCAUUUUGCACUUGCUAGACAGUGACAGAGUUGUUACCGUCUCAAAAAUCCCUCUGUAAAAUGCAUCUUCAUUAGCUUUUUUCAAUUACUAAAUGUCAACCCAGCUGUCACCAGGUGAGUGGUACAUAUGGGAACGCAUUAGUUUGUACCUAGUAUUUGUUUAAGAUGAGUAUUUGCUAGGCUCCACUGCAGUUUGCCAGUAAAUGGUUAGAACCUGCAUGUAUUUUGGUGUGAUCAAGUACCCCAGUGCUUCUGAGAGUCCCUGUGUGUAGAAUAGUAGCAGCUCUCCCUAUUUUGCACUGGUGGUGGGCUAAGUGUAUUGUGGUAGCGACUAGUACAUAGGGAGGGGGAGGUCUAACUGCAUUUAGGGGAGGGAAGAAGAGUGUUUAGAAUGGUGUUUUGAUAGUCACUGCAUUUUAUACCAACUCUGUUACAGAAUGACAAUCCUAAAGCUAUAGAGAAUUCAAAAUUGCCUUUCUGCAAGUUGAUAAAAUCAAUUUGUUUGACGUCAGAACUUGUUGCUCAGAGUUUAUCCCAAGAGUCUUUCAAGUUAAAACUUGGUAAAUUCUCUUGCUGUUAUUUAUUAACUGUCCUGUAUUAUCCUACUGGAAGUUGUAAGUAUUGCUAGUUUGCUAACAUGCUGCAGCUUGCAAGCAUUCACUACACCGUGGCUGAUACAUACCAGUCACUUUAGGAAAAAAAAAUGAGUGUGAACACAGAGCAGUUCCCUAUUUUGUUUUUCUUCUUGUAGCAUCUGUUUAGCAAACUGCCUCCCUUCCCCUUGUUCAAGCACAUGCUUAAACGUGGUACCGCACCAUGAACAGAGUAAUCUGGAGAUAUGGAAAGAUUACUAUAAAUCAAGGCAGGAGCUAGUCUUUCAUUCACUGAAUGCACUGCUUCAUACAUAACCAACAUAAUUGGAAAGCAUGAUUUGAAGACAGUGCUACCUAAGGAACAAAAAAUGUUUUCAAACUGCUGCUUCUGCCGUCUGACGGUGCAGACAAUAGGAUGCCCUGUCCUAAAAGGGCAAUGGGAGAAGGGGCCAAUUUAAGCACCUCGAGUCCUUUUGGAUUUUCACUCAUUGGUGUAAAACAAACGAAAAACAAACCCCAAGCAUUCAUUCCCUAGGUUUUUCCAUCCUGGUUUAAACGUUUAAAAACAAGAACGUUAGUUAGCCUUGUCUUAGGAAUUACUGUGAUGGAAGAAGUUUGUGGGAAUUCAGUAGUCACGGUUAUUGAAAAUAGGACUAGUGAAUUUGUUUGGUCAUACCUGUUCUGUGUUGCUGUGGUGAUCUGUCUUGGGACUGAUGUUUCCUGUGCCAGUCUGUAUAUUGUUUUUCACUUGGGAAGAGGGUGGUGGAGGGGGGGAAAAGAAAAAGACACCUGAGAGUGCUGCCGGGGGGCAGUUUCUCCUUGUCACACUGUGCUUAGAUAACUGCGUACUAAUAGAAAUUUACGUUUACCACAGUAUAAAAGCAAUAAUGUAAACUGUGACGUCUGUAAUGGAAACUUAAGUUUACAAUGGUAGAAAUAAAGAACAAGUUAUUAGAAA